AUGGAUUCCAGUAAAAAUCCUAUAGGUCCAGCAGAUAUUGAUUCAAGCAAUGAGACAUCAAUCAGCGAUAACUCGAAAAACAAUAAUCAAAUGACUGUUUCUCCACAUCUUCCUGAAAGUGCUACAAUCCCUCUGCCAAAACUAAAUUACUGGAAUGCAGCCAUUCAAUACAUUCAAAUUAUGCACAACAUUGAUGAGAGGGAAAAACAGAGAUACCUGAAAUUUGUUGGAAGAAUGUUAGAUUUGGAAGAAGAAAGAGAGGAGGAAAGGGAGAUGGAGAGGCGAAGAACUCUUAUAGCGAAUAAGAGCAAGGAAAGUCACGACCCACUAAAAAAGAAAUUCCAAAAAUGUCUCCUCCGGUACGACAGCUAUGUUUCUCGAUGCAAUCGUCUGAAAGUACAUGAACCAAAUCUCAAAUGGCAACCAACUGAUGAAAUCGAGAAAGAGUUGGAAGAAUAUCAAAGAAUAGAACAAUUCGAUGAUUUCUGGAAAACACUUCGAGAGAUGGAAUCGAGAAUUUCUCGUAUUGAAUCCAGAUACUUUCCAUUUCAAGUGGUAGUUCAUCGUAAAGAUUUUAGAGAAUUCCUUCAGGACACAUGGAAUACUCUCAAGAAACCAUUUGUAUUUGCUAAAACUAAAAUCUGUAAUUGUUUGAAGAAUGUGUCAUCGAAGGAAAGUCAAUGA